AUGUCACCUGAGAAAUCUGGAAGUAAAGCAACUCAGAGAGCUUCGUUGCUGUCUUCUAAAGGGUUGGAUAAAUUAAGGUUUUCUGUUGUAGGACAAUCAAAAGAAGUGGCAGGAUAUUUCUGUGGUAUUUGCAUUGCAGAUAUUGAUUGUUUAAUUUCAUGUGGUGAGCUCAACAAUGAGAAUGCUGAAGUCAGGAAAGCAAGGAGGCUGAAGAUACCAAUCGUAAGGGAGGAUUACAUUGGAGAAUGCAUUAAAAAGAAUAGAAUGCUUCCAUUUGAUUUGUAUAAACUAGAGAACACCUUAGAGUCCUCAAAAGGCAGUACUGUCACUGUUAAAGUUAAGGGCCGAAGUGCUGUUCAUGAGUCCUCCGGUUUGCAAGAUACUGCUCAUAUUCUUGAAGAUGAGAAAAGUAUUUACGAUACAACCUUAAACAUGUCUGACCUGGCACUAGGUGUGAACAGAUGCAUGUUUAUCUGUUCACAAUACUUUUACGUGAUGGGCAUAAUCGCUACCCAGAAGGUCAUUGAAGAGGAUGAUGGGUCUGAGUGCUAUGUAUUUCGAAAGUGGGGACGGGCUGGGAGUGAAAAAAUUGGAGGGCAAAAGCUGGAGAUUUCAAAAACAGAUGCAAUCAAGGAAUUCAAAAGAUUAUUUCUUGAGAAGACUGGAAAUCCGUGGGAAGCUUGGGAACGUAAAACCAAUUUCUGGAAGCAGCCUGGGAGAUUUUACCCACUUGAUAUUGAUUAUGGUGUUAAGCAAGCACCAAAACAGAAAGAUAUCAGUGAAAUGAAAAGUUCUCUUGCUCCUCAGUUGCUAGAACUCAUGAAGAUGCUUUUCAACGUGGAGACAUAUAGAGCUGCUAUGAUGGAAUUUGAAAUUAAUAUGUCAGAAAUGCCUCUUGGGAAGCUAAGCAAGGAAAAUAUUCAGAAAGGAUUUGAAGCAUUAACUGAGAUACAUAAUUUAUUGAAGGACACCGCUAAUCAAGCACUGGCUGUUAGAGAAAGCUUAAUUGUUGCUGCGAGCAAUCGCCUUUUCACUCUUAUUCCUUCUAUUCAUCCUCAUAUUAUACGUGAUGAGGAUGAUUUGAUGAUCAAAGCAAAAAUGCUUGAAGCUCUGCAGGAUAUUGAAAUUGCUUCAAAGCUAGUUGGCUUCGAUAGUGACAACGAUGAAUCUCUUGAUGAUAAAUAUAUGAAACUUCACUGUAACAUCACCCCGCUGGCUCGUGAUAGUGAAGAUUACAAGCUAGUUGAGCAGUAUCUCCUCAACACACAUGCUCCUACUCACAAGGACUGGUCGCUGGAACUGGAGGAAGUUUUUUCACUUGAUCGAGAUGGAGAACUUAAUAAGUACUCAAGAUAUAAAAAUAAUUUGCAUAACAAGAUGCUAAUAUGGCAUGGUUCAAGGUUGACGAAUUUUGUGGGAAUCCUUAGUCAAGGACUAAGAAUUGCACCUCCUGAGGCACCUGUUUCAGGCUAUAUGUUUGGCAAAGGCCUCUACUUUGCAGAUUUAGUAAGCAAGAGCGCACAAUACUGUAAUGUGGAUAGGAAUAAUCCUGUAGGUUUGAUGCUUCUUUCUGAGGUUGCUUUAGGAGACAUGAAUGAACUAAAGAAAGCCACGUACAUGGACAAACCUCCAAGGGGGAAGCAUUCGACCAAAGGCUUAGGCAAAACUGUGCCACUGGAGUCAGAGUUUGUGAAGUGGAGGGAUGAUGUCGUCGUUCCCUGUGGCAAGCCAGUGCCAUCAGCAAUUAGGAACUCUGAACUCAUGUACAAUGAGUACAUCGUCUACAACACAUCCCAGGUCCAGAAAUGUUCUUUACCCCAUGCCUUUGCUCUUGCAGUGUUGCGGUUCAUAGGAGAUGGGCACUGA